AUGCGGGACCCCCAGGCGCGGCCGGCACGGACCCCUGCCCUGUCCCCGCAGGUGUGCGAGCCGCAGGGGAGCAGGCCCCCGAGCCGCCGCUGGAACGUCAGCAGAGAGGAGCGCUGGAGGCUGGCCGUGCUGGGCGGCGGCGAGAGGCCGGGCCUCCCCGGGGCGACCCUCUCCUACAGGGACCUCGCGCAGAUCGUGGCCCAGCUGGUGUCCCAGGACGUGGACAAGGACGUGCUCUUCCCCCAUCCACCGAGGUCCGCCGAGUCCAGCAGCGCCUUCCAAGCCUUCCUGGUCCGGAGCGCGCCUUUCUGGCACAGUGUGACUCAGGAGGCCCAGGCCUCGAGGUCGCCGCCCUCCUAA